UCUACUAAUAUAUAAGGUAUCAUGUGUAAAUGUACAUACAUAUAUACAUACUCCACUGGCAUUGGGCCUUCAGUAGUGACCGGAAUCCAAAAAGAUACAGUACAAUACAUACAUAUGAAACCAACGAAGCCGAAAGAAUGAAAAAGUGGAAAUGAUUUCUACUAGAUACAAUAAAAUGAGAAGGGUGAAAAGACUCAUGUCUCGCUAUUAACCAAAUGUCAGUAAGCUAAAAAAAUAUAUUUGCAACAUAACAAAGAUGUUUGAUGAACACUACGUGAAAUCAAACGAAUUUAUAACAUGUAAUCACUUAGCUCAACAAAUAACACAUUCAAAGAACUCAAGAAUGUUAAUCGUUGACAUUAGACCAAGAAGGGACUAUGAAUUAUCAAAAUUAAAACAUUAUAAGUGCAUCAACAUUCCUGCUGAAAUAAUCCAACUAGGCAAAUUUGCAGAUUCCUUUAACAAAUACUUGCGCCAUGAUAAUCAUUUGUUACAGUUGUUUAAAGAACGUGGAAAACGAUAUGUAAACACAAUCGUAUUGAUGGACUGGAAUACAACCCAAAGUACAAUAACUCCUGAAAACCAUUUAUGUGUAUUAAAAAAGAUUUUUCGUUUCUGGGAUAGAGAGUGCUAUGAUACAAUAGUAAAUUUAGAUGGUGGUUUUGUACUAGUGAUUAAUCAGUAUCCUGAACUAGUUUCCAAUCCAGGUGUACAAUUACCUGUCAAUUACGAUACAAUCAAUAAAGUGAUAACUCCGAUAGAUCAAAAUAAACUGCAGCGUCUGAUAAGUCGAGUGAAUCAGAAACUGAAAUCUAUAGAAAGAUGGAAGGAAAAGAAACAGACUUUAAAAGAUAUUCUAUUAAAAGAUCAAGACUAUAAUGAGGAAAUUGGCCCUGAACGUUAUGAGCACAUUUCUCUUGUUACGGAAAUUUCAACACUUGAUGGAUUAAUAAAAAAUGCGAAGAAAUUAUGUUAUGAACUUAAGGAGCAUAUAAAUGAAUGCCACAAAAUUAAUGCUAUGUUACUUCCAUCCCAAGACAGUAAUAAUGGACACAAGAUAGAUUCUAAUCCAGUAAAAUCAUUUGACAGCAUUACAGAUAAUGAUACGAGUGAAACUUCAAAUGAAGUUUUAUUGGAUUCUCGUCCUGUACAAUCACCUGACAGUAUAGAUUUACAUAUGGAUAAAAUACAUUUUGAUUCGGAUAAAAUUUUGGACAAAGACAUAACAGGUUCUAAUUCUGCAAAACCAGUUGAUAGUGUUGCAGAUACGCACAUGGAUAAAAUGCAUAUUGAUUCCGAUGAAACUUUGAACAAAGGUAUAAUGAAGUCUAAUUCUGGAAAACCACUUGCCAGUGUUGCAGAUGUGCACAUGGAUAAAACACAAAUAAAUCCUAGUUUUGCCAAGCCAAAUAGUGGCAACAUAAAUGCUAAAACUGACCAACAUUUAUCAUCUUUGUCUGGUGUAAAACCGUUCCAAAGCUCUGACCCGAAGAUCGUGAAUGAGAUGACUCUAAACAUGAAGUCUUUUUUACAUUUGCUGGGGCAUUUAAAAGCAGUUACACGUUGCCUGCAAGAUGCGGAAAAGAUGAAACUUCAAUCAUUAACUACAUUCUGUGAAUAUCAAAAUGUAGGAGAUAAAAAUAAAGAUCUACAGUGCGUGCAAAACAUGCGACAAAGCAUUGACUCUUUAAAUGUAAAAAUUAAAGAAAUGAGGGAGAAACGCUCUGAAAUCAAAGAACAAAUAGAAUCAUUUAAAAGGAUCAAUGUUUUGUUCAAAUCCAAUAAUGUUCUGAGCCCUGAAGAAAAAAUACAAAAAGAGAAAUUAGAUCUAAGUAUAGACGUGGCAGAACAAGAAAUUAUAACUAUUUCUAUUCAACAAGAAACUUUACUUUGUAAAGCGGCUGAAAGACAACUUAUUGACCAAUCUUGUAAUAAAAAACAAGAACGAGAAGACAGUGAUUUAAAUGUGAAAUCCAAAAGCUUGUUUGAAACCCAAACUCGUUCAGUCUCGCAAUCUGUUCUGAAAAGACCAGAUCAUAAUUUCAGUGCUGAGAGGAUUAAAAAGUCGAAAAUCGAACGUGAACCGGGCAUAACGGGAUUAAAAAAUCUAGGCAAUACAUGUUAUAUGAACAGUAUUAUACAAUGUCUGAGCCACACGAAUUACUUAAAAGAUUAUAUCAUCAGCAACAAAUAUCUUGAAGAUCUUGACACGAGUAUAGAAAAUGAAACCCGUGGACGUAUCACGGAAGAACUUAUGGAAGUAAUCAAAAAGCUUUGGAGUGGAGAGGAAAAUUAUAUAUCACCUUGUAAUCUAAAGAAUAUCAUUGGCCAAUAUAAACCCCAAUUCGAAGGUUAUGAACAGCAUGACUCACACGAGUUUCUAACAUUUCUCUUGAACCGUUUGCACAAUGAUCUAAAAAGGGAUGACGGUGUUAUUGAUGGCUCGAUGAGUGUCGCCGAUGCAGAAAUGAGAAUAGCAAUGAAUAAUCAGCAGUCCAUUAUCUCACAAUUAUUUUUUGGCCUAUUGAGAUCAACAAUUAUUUGCGUCGCAUGUGAGCAUAAUAUCGUCACCUAUGAGGUCUUCAAUAGUCUCACUGUAGCAAUACCUCAUCCCCAACACUGUACUCUGGAUGAGUGUAUAGAAGGACUACUCAGUGAGCAAAUGAUAUCGGACUGGAAGUGCUGUGUUUGUAAAGUGACUGGAAGGGCGAUACAAAAAUUUGAUUUUGCUAAGUUGCCUCCGAUAUUUGUAAUUCAGCUUAAUCGAUUCACCAAAACCGAGAAUAAUUUGGUAAAAAGAAGUACCUGUGUCAUUUUUCCAUUUGAGAAUUUCAAUCUCAGACCGUACUUACCAAAGGAUUCCGAUGAGUAUUUCGUUGAUACGAGUACGAGCAACUACAACUACAAUCUAUACGCAAUUUCAAAUCAUUCUGGGACUAUGCGACGGGGCCACUACAUUGCUUUCUGUAAAAAUAUCUUCAAAAACCAAUGGUACAGGUACGAUGAUCAAUCAGUGACUGAAAUUAGACAGAAUUUGCUCAUAUCGCAUCAAAAAACUGUCUACAUGCUGUUCUAUAUAUCUCAAGCCAACAUUUGAUAACAGCACAUUAGCUGUAAUUGUGGACAUCUCACUCAACAAUUUCGUUAUAAGGGAAUGCUUAGAAAGUAUUGGGGUAUUUAAUGAGUUCUAGAAUCAAGAAGUGUUACAUAGGAUAUCUACCAUGACUGUGAUAAUAUUUAUUUUUUGUUCUAUAUAAAGAUGUAUAAGAGUUUCUUUUGUUUUGUACUAUGUAAUGUUAUACAGGUUGUUACAGAAAUGGUGAAUACGUUUAACACAGUGCUAUCCGUGACAUGAAUGGAGUUGGGAACUACUAUAUGAUUUUCUUUUUGCUGUGCAUUGUUUACCUGUAAUAAUUAAUUGAAAAAUAGCCAACCAGGCAUGUCGAUUAGUGAAACGCAAAUUGAAGAACUCGCUGUUAAUUGUUUUGACCCUGUACAGUAAAUAGUAGAAUGUAACUGAUACACGUUCGGUUAAUUGAUACAUCUGGUUGGGUUUUUUUCAGUUAUUACAACUGAACUGUAGAAAAUAAGAGUUCAGGACUUUUUGAUUUUUCGUUCGACAUAGAUAGUUCCAAACCAUCCGUGUCUAUCAUUUUUUAAGAAGUGUGCAGAUGUAUACAGCAUACAAUCAAUACUUUAAAUUUGUUGAGAAGUUCCAGAUUAAUGAUAAAUCGUCAACUCUAAGGAUCUCUUAAAUUUCCUAAAUAGUGUAACUAUGUAACUGCGUAAUCAUAGAAUAACAUGAAACUAUAUUUACGAUACCAAUAGAUCGAUAGUAUUGGAAAACAAGUGAGCCUUUUUAUGUUAAAUAUAUUUCUUUACUUCUUUUAUGUGGAUACUGUUUAGUGAAACAGAAUGUACUUUGAAGGUCUAUUCAUUAUCAUGAUAGAAGAAAGUGUUUCAUUGAUGUUAUUGAUAAACUAUGAUUAUUUCUUUACUAAAACUAUAUGUUUUAUCUGCUGUACGUUAAUGUAAAAUGUUUUCUGUUUGCUAUCAGUAAUGGAAUAAAAUCCGUUUUAUAUUUUCCUAA